GUCUAUAGUGUCAAAUGUACGGUAUUUGUACGGUAACUUGUUAAUACGCCCGAGUCUCUCCGCCAAGAAUAUCCAGGAAAAUGAAUUUCGUAGCGUUCGGACUUAUCUUAAUUUGUUGCCAUGUUUGGGCGAAUGAGAACAACAAUAAUUUUUUAGUUAGAGGGACUUACCAGCAAAACACAUCGUUAAAAGAUUACCUCGAAAAUAAAGUAAAACCCAUCAUGCAAAAUGGAGAUAAUACGCUUGGAAUUCCGGUUCUUGAUCCGUUCGUUACGGAUAAACUUUUCGGGUUUUUGUCAAACGUCAAUGUAACUGGCUUGUCCGCGUUUGAAAUUAACGACGCUGACUUCAAUCUACUUAAUUUGGUGUUCAACCUCGACCUAAACUGGCCAUCGAUAAUCGCAAGAGCCAAUUAUUUUAUCAACCGAAACAACAAUACCGAAAUUAAUGGAAAGGGAGGAACAGAUGUAGCCGUGAAGGACUUCAAAUUUACAAUUCUCGUUAAUUUUAAAGUAGAGAGUGGAAAAAUCCAAAUUAACGAAAUCAAAAAAAUGUUUAUUGGCUUGGGAGCAUUUGACUUUCACGUGACGGGCCUCUACAAAGAUGAUAAAAAGAAUGUGGAUUUGAGCAAAAUGAUCUCUGAUACUGUGUUUAAACUGAUCAAUACGAAUCAAGUGAUUGCGAAGACUGUUAUGAAUAUCAUCACAAUGAUUUUCAAUAAAUCUGUGGCGAUCUCUAAUUAACUCUAAUAAGUUAAU